AUGGCUACCACAUUAACACAGCAGCCUGCUCAAGCCGGGCCGGCGACGACAACGCAGCCUUUUUCCACGGCCUGGUCUUCAAGAUAUCGAGGCGCCACCGUCGAAGAUCUCGACCCUCCCGCCGCCCUCUCCCUCAACCCCUCCGACGCCAUCAACAUCGCAAUGCUCUCCGCCUUCGAGCGCGAAUACACACACCUCACCAUCGUCGACUCAGAAACCCGCGCCCUCCUCGGCUACAUCUCCAUCCCCCACCUGCAGUCCCUCCUGGAAGCCGGCCGCGUCAAGCCCAGCGACCCCGUUUCAGCCGCCAUGACGAGAUUCAAGCGCAAGGGUCGCAAGUACCAGGUCAUCACGCUGCAGACCCCGCUGGAGGAUCUCGAGGCUUUCUUCCGAGGAAACGUAUCUGGGGGUCCCUGGAAGGAGGAGUUUGCUGUCGUCACGGACGAGAACCGGAGAUUUGUGCUGGGCGUGGCGACGGUGCAGGAUUUGGAAGAGUUUGUCAAGAGACGACCUGCUUAA